AAUGCGGCCGGCAAACUUAUGGCCAAGACUGCAGCUAUGACUGCCCACAACACUGUGAGAAUACCGUCUGUGAUCAUGUUUCUGGAAUUUGCACACAAGGAUGUAAGUCAGGCCAUAAAGGAAUUCUGUGUGACGAAGAAUGUGCCAGGGGAACCUAUGGCCAAGACUGCAACUCUACCUGCCCACAACACUGCCAGAAUAUUGACAUACACCGGUCUGUCUGUCAACACUCUUCUGGAGCGUGUACACAGGGAUGUCAGUCUGGCUACACGGGGCUUCUUUGUGAUGAAUCAUGUCCAAGUGGUACCUAUGGUGAGAACUGCAUCCAUUCCUGUCCUGAAUUCUGUGACCCGAGUGGCCAGCAAGCCUCUGUUUGUCACCACAUUGAAGGAGUCUGUCUCAAUGGUUGUCAGCCUGGUCGUAUGGGAGAUUUUUGUGAACAAGAAUGUGAGCGUGGAUUUUAUGGUAAAAACUGCAACGAAACCUGCUCUCAGUUCUGUGCGGCAGAUGACCCCAGUCAACUUGUGUGUAACUACAUUGAUGGCUCCUGCCUACAAGGAUGUCAAGAUGGAUAUUAUGGCCUUAGGUGUGCUGAACCUUGCGACAAUGACCACUAUGGCAAGGGUUGUGGCAACAUCUGCCCUGAAUUCUGUGCACUGCUUGACUUUGACAAGCCAGUCUGCCAUCACAUUAGUGGAGAAUGCCUGCACGGAUGCGAGGCCAGCUAUCGGGGUCCACACUGCAGUGACAACUGCGAACCUGGCUGGUUUGGAUCAGGAUGCAAGUACAAGUGCCACUGUUCGGAUGAGAAUACCUGUUGGACAAUUAACUCUUGUAUUGUCGAUGGGGAAACCAGAUGCUACUGGGGCUGGUUUGGUCCAGCGUGUCAGUAUGUUGAUCUGGCACAUAGUCAGACCAUUGUCAACCUGGAUCAAAAUCUGCGGACAUUGAGUGAUGGAAAGGAUACUACAUGCCUUCAGCCUGGCACCAUGAACAUCACAGUGUCAUGGUAUCAACCUUACAUACUGACUUGGCUGAGAAUACAUCUUAGAGAGACUAUAGUUCCUAAAGAUUUCACUAAUUUAUUUAGUGUAAUGUUCAAGGACAAAAACGGCACAGCUUACAAAUGUCGCAACCUUCAGUUAGCCAGACACAGUCGAACAACUUUAGACAUAUAUUGUGAACCAGAAGUACCUGUAACUAAUCUGACUCUGACCGGCCCGGGUGUUGGCUCUUUAUGUACUCUGUCUGUUAGUGGAGGUCGUAAUGUCGCCCUUAGAGAAAAGACCUCUCAGACGAGCACCUCAUCCGGGUCUUCUGGUAUCAAGCUGGAAUCAUAUCUAGCUGUGGACGGUAUCCCCAACAGAAUGCGUGAUAGCACAGAAUGCACCCUGACAGAUAAGAGUGACCAACGGCCAAGGUGGAACCUGAAGUUCUCACAUCCUAUGACAUUGAACAGAUUUAUCCUCCACAACACUUAUAAAAAGUCUGCUUAUCUCACAGGAUUCAUUCUGACUGCCUUUAAUAUUGAUGGUGAAGGUGUGUUUUCAUACCAGGACUCUGUGAAGAAAGUUAGGUUAGUGUACACAUUGGUACCACCACAAGAACUAUCAGCUGUCUCAGGCCUGUCCAUAGAGGCCACCAUGACUAGGAGGGUUGUCAGGACGAAAUACCUUGCAUUGUGUGAAGUUGAAGUGUUUGGAGAUUCUGUAUGCCCGCUUGGCUUAUAUGGAAGGGAUUGUGAAAACCACUGCUUUUGUUCUCAUGUAGAACAAUCAUGUUUUGUCAGCACUGGAGCGUGUCCAUUAAAAGCUCACUGGUAA